AUGCCUCGGGAACUUAUAAUCGACCAUAUCAAUCUGAAUUUUGAAACCCGAUUUCUCAAAAGCAUCUCAAUUAUGGAUUCCAUGGAGCAUGGAUCUGGGAGUCAAUUAGAUUCUGAGCAAGAUGCUCUAAUACCGGGGCUUCCUGAUGAUGUAGCCCUUUUCUGUUUUGCAAGAGUUCCUCGGAAGUACCAUCCAAUUCUCAACUGUGUUUCAAAGAGAUGGAGAGAAUUGGUGUGUAGUAAUGAGCUGCAUUUGUACCGCCGAAAUAAUUGUUUGGAAGAGACUUGGAUUUACGCUUUGUGCAGAGACAAGUCGGAUCAACUACACUGCUAUGUGUUAGACAGUAACCAAUUGCAAAGGGGUUGGAAGCGAAUUCAAGAUCUUCCGAGCCGGUGCCUUAGGAGGAAUGGAGUAGGGUUUGAAGUGUUGGGAAAGAAACUCUACCUGUUUGGUGGUUGUGGUUGGAUUGAAGAGGCUACUGACGAAGUCUAUUGUUAUGAUGCUUCCAUGAACACGUGGAAUACAACAGCCCCUUUAUCCAUUGCAAGGUCCUUUUUUGCUUAUGAGGCUUUGGAUGGGAAAAUCUAUGCAAUUGGCGGGAUUGGAUCAAACUCGAGCAAUCCACAUUCCUGGGACACCUAUAACCCCCUUACUGAUUCUUGGAGUUCUUCCAUAUACCCGGACAUCCUUCCAGAUAUUGAAGAUUCAGUAGUCUUUAAUGGAAAAAUUUAUAUACGCUGUGCCUACUCUUCUGUUUCUUCUGAUGUGUAUGCAGUUGUAUAUGAUCCAUCAAAUGGCACGUGGCAGCAUGUCGAUGCUGACAUGGCUUGCGGUUGGAGGGGUCCAGCAGUUGUUAUAAAUGGCGUGUUGUAUGUACUGGACCAAUCUUCGGGUAUUAGGCUGAUGAUGUGGCUGGACGAUAUUCGGGAGUGGACGGCAGUUACGAGAUUGUCGCCUAUACUCACGAGGCCACCUUGUCGACUCGUGGCAAUUGGAACUAAAGUUUUUGUUAUUGGAAAGGGACUUGGCACAGUGAUGUUUGAUGUCGAAGAUGCUAUAUAUAUGGAUGGUGUAUUGGUGAGUACCUCUGUUCCGAGAUUGAAAUCUGACGAUGGCGAGAUAAUUUGGGACGACGUGUUAAGUUGCAAAUCUCUUGCAAUUUGA